UUGCACCGCGUGAUGCUAUAUUGCUGUUGGGACUGACAGAGCUGUGUAAAACAUUGGUCGGGCAUUCUGAAGGUUGGUGUGUUUACCCAACUUUUACUCCUUUUAACCAUUGUGUACUGACAUUCGUGAAUUCUGUAUGAUGCAGCUGGCCUGGUGUUACCGGGGAUUUAUGCUUUAGCGGGAAAUCUACGCCGUAACUGGAAACCCCUUUGAACGCCACGCCGUAACCUACGACCAGCAUGGCUGCCGUCGAGAAGAUUGCAGCAGUAGGACGGGAUCUGGUGGACCCACGACAAGACCUGACCAAGCGGUUCAGAGCUUUAUUUACCCUGAGGAACCUGGGAGGUGCUGAAGCUAUAGAAUGGAUCAGCAAAGCCUUCACUGAUGACUCGGCUCUGCUGAAGCACGAGUUGGCCUACUGCCUGGGACAGAUGCAGGACAAACGGGCCAUUCCUACUUUGACUGCUAUUCUCAAAGAUACACAGCAGGAGCCAAUGGUCAGGCAUGAAGCAGGAGAAGCUCUGGGGGCAAUUGGUGAUUCUGUGGUUCUGGACCUUCUGAAAGAGUUUAGUCAGGAUCCUGUCAUUGAGGUUGCAGAGACGUGUCAGUUGGCUGUUCGAAGGCUGGAAUGGCUUCAGAGUGGAGGAGAGAAACAGCUGCAGGAUGGAAGCACAGAUAAAAACCCGUACUGCUCUGUAGACCCAGCCCCUCCAGCAGCAAAGAAGAGCGUGCCAGAGCUGCGCUCCGCACUGUUGGAUGAAAGCCUUCCACUCUUUGACCGCUACCGUGCCAUGUUUGCUCUGCGUAACCUUGGCACUGAGGAGGCUGUGUUGGCACUAGGAGAUGGCCUGCACUGCUCCAGUGCUCUGUUCCGUCAUGAGAUUGGCUAUGUCCUGGGUCAGAUGCAGCACCCGGCAGCAGUCCCAGCUCUGCGUGCAGCUUUGGAGCGUUCCAAUGAGAACCCCAUGGUCCGACACGAGGCCGCAGAGGCGCUAGGCUCUAUCGGCAGAGACGAGUGUCUGGCUGUGCUGUGUCAUUACCGUGAAGACCCAGAGCGUGUUGUCAAGGAGAGCUGUGAGGUCGCUCUUGACAUGUUGGAGUAUGAAAACAGUGACCAGUUCCAGUAUGCAGAUGGAUUGGUCAGCUUACAGGGUUAAAUGUCACGCCUGGUGAAGCAUUUAGUGUGUGUAUCAUUACAUUGCAGACCUGAAAGAGCUGCACAACUCAGUGCUACUUCAUUAAAACUGUUCCCUGGAAUGAUGCCUUGGAGUAUGAAAAAUACUCAGUACAAGAAUCAUAAACUAAUUUCUAAAAGCCCACAGAAACCAGACAGUGGGAGCGAGCUUUGUCCUUUCUUCUUCAAAGAUACCGCUGCAUUCAAAUGAACAUUAUGUAUCUGUGGAACUUUGAGUAGAUCAGGACUGAUGCUGCAGCUUACCCGUUUAUACAACCAAGAUGUAAUAGGGCUGUUCAGUUAUGGCAAAAAAAAUUAUUCCAAUUAUUUAGGUCAAUACUGAGAUGAUGCUUAUUGACAACAAUUGUGCAAAUCUUUAGAAAAACUAUGCCAGAAAAAACAUUUUUAAUGGUAAUAUUCCUUGUGCUAAUAUUUGCUCAGCUGAAAACCAGAUAAAUUUAAAAACAAAGGGUGGAACACAGAGAACAUGGGGUCAGCCGGUCUUUAGUUAGGUCCACAAAUUGGCUGUGCCAGCAGUCGCUCUUACGCCGUCAGUCAGCUGUCUUCUCUAUCAUGAAGCCUGCAGGUACAGAUGUGGUUGACAAGAUGUCCACCUGUCAGCAGGCUUGGGAGACCUGCACAGAAGCAACGGAGUGAGUGACAAAGAACUGCCCCAAUAACCAUCCAACCUCUGUUGUAUGUUGCCAGAAACAGACGGGUGAUCUGGAGAUGAAUGAGUGUACUUCAGGCAGACCAAAAGUACUUUGUUUUGCUCAAGCUGAACAAAACGGUGAAUGAGUUUGAGCUCUUAGUGGCAAAAGUACGCCACUGUAAAGAAAGGCAUCCUGGAUUUUUACACAAGCUAAAUCAACAACAUCAAUAAUGCAAAGAGCAACAGUACAAUGGUUUUAGGCCAAAAUUGUCAUGUAUUGAAAAUAUAACUUGGCAAUUGUGCAGCCGUAAGGCAAUACAUGUCUAUGAGUUUAACUAUUGUGAAAGUAUAGAUGGUCUCUGUGACUGUAUUUUAGUUUAUGGUCAGCUUUGGUUUGAAAUUUGAACCACUUGCCAACGUGAUAUUUCAGCUUGUCAGAAAGACAAGCGGAAAUAUUCAAUGUCUAAAAAAAAAUGUAAACACAGAAAGAGGCUUUUCCUCUUUCUGUGUUUACAUUUCUUACAUUUUGUUUUGGCACUGCAUGAUCGAUCAUAUGGCACUUAAAUACUACUAUAUGGACUGGUUCUAAAUACAGUAUAAGCACUGGUUGUCAUUCUAGGUGUGCUGUGAUGAGGCUUCAUUUCAAUUCAUCCCCAUUAAAGUGUCCUUUCCCAAUCUGAAGUCUGCUACACGCAGUAAUGGGGUCAGUUUCUCACACUUCUCUGGGUACGUUGUUCCUAAAUUACUGUGGAGCACAGCUUACAGUUUUUGUAUAUUUUUAUUCAUAUUCGACUGUGGACUGCGUAUAAAAUAAAAAUGAUGUAUACAUUGAA